AAGGGGUGCUCCGGAAGCGCUGCGCUGCAUUGCGGAACUUUAACGGCGCUGUGUUCGGAAAAGGCGUAAACAUCCCGCAAACAUUAGCGCCUGAAAACAGCGACUCAUUCCGCCUCUCUGCGGUUCAUGUGAAGCCUGUCGGUGCCGUCGCUAGUCCCGGUACCGUCUGUGGUGGUCGCAGUGACCGUCGGCAGAGCAGCAGCAGAGUCGGGGCGUUAGCCAGCCAGUUAGCCGUAGCAUUAGCAGUAGCAUUAGCAGUAGCUCCGGACCGGAACCAUGAUAGCGCUCAUCAACAAGCUGCUGGACUGGUUCAAGGCGCUGUUCUGGAAAGAGGAGAUGGAGCUCACCCUGGUGGGGCUCCAGUACUCCGGGAAGACCACCUUCGUCAACGUGAUAGCGUCUGGACAGUUCAGUGAAGACAUGAUUCCUACGGUCGGGUUCAACAUGAGGAAGAUCACCAAAGGAAACGUCACCAUCAAGCUCUGGGACAUCGGUGGUCAGCCUCGGUUCAGGAGUAUGUGGGAACGUUACUGUCGAGGAGUCAGCGCCAUCGUGUACAUGGUGGAUGCAGCAGAUCCAGAGAAGAUUGAAGCCUCCAAGAAUGAACUCCACAACCUGCUGGACAAACCUCAGCUGCAGGGAAUCCCUGUUCUGGUUCUGGGGAAUAAGAGGGACCUGUCAGGAGCUCUGGAUGAGAAGGAGCUCAUAGAGAGGAUGAACCUGUCGGCCAUCCAGGACAGAGAGAUCUGCUGCUACUCCAUCUCCUGCAAGGAGAAAGACAACAUCGACAUCACCCUCCAGUGGCUGAUCCAACACUCCCGGACUAAGAGGAGUUCCUGAGAAAUGACAUCAGAACAGGCCACGCCCACUUUACCCUAAUUGCCCCUAAUGCCCUCCCCCUCCUGCCCCUCCAGAUGCACUGAUACUGAACCAGUUUGAUCAGAAACCAAAGACUUGCAGACAUCUAACCUUCUCCACCUCACAGCACACUUUAAAUAGAAGACUGAAAUCAGAUUUCUAAACACAGAACUGAAGAUAAUUAAUCAUUUAUAUCUUCAUUAAACAACAGUUUGUCUUCUACAAACUUUGUCGAAGCAGAAAUCAGGUUUUUGAACCCCGACCAGCCUCCAGCAUGCAGCAUUUGUGGAAGUAGUCUCUGUUUCCACCUUCAUGUGAUCAUAAAGAAUCAGCUGCUGUAUCUGUGGAGGUUCCAGCAGAGUUAAAGCAGAAGGAAUGUUAGUCCACACUGAAGAAUGGGACUGAAAGUAGUGUGACAUCCUGGUCAUUUAGGUUUUAUAUUCACAUUAGGACAAACCUUCCUCUGUCUGCCCACAUGGAUUAUUAUCAGCAUGUUGAGAUCAUUGAUUCAACCAGUUUCUGUCUGAUAAAGGGUGUCAUUUAUUUUAAAAACAUAGCUGUUUGUGCAGGUUUUGGGUUCAUAUAAUGACCUGAUUAUCUCCUGUUUCUGUUGUUUUACCUGCAUGGAGGAAGUUUAGUCCAGCAGUAACAUGAUUGAUUGCUUUUUUAACCUUUGGUUUCGCUUGUCGAAGCAAAACAGACGCUUUUGUUCGUUAAAGCUCAGAAAUGACAGGAAAAUACAGACAUUUCUGUCUGGUGUUGUGGAUAUUUUCCCUUAAAGAGAAGAAAGAACUGCUUGCUGUUGGUUCUUCUCUUUCCUGAAAUCUGCUCUUCCAUAGAUGGACUUAUAGCAGCUGGAUGUCGUCUUUGUUUCACUAAACCGGCUCUCAAACACUAAAACAUCCUGCAGGUGUUUUUCCAGGAGCAGAUUUUAGCAGAAACUCUUAUAUCCUGAUAUUUCCAGCUCAGCAGUGACUCUAACCCAACUGAAUCCUCUCUGCUGCUUCCAUUUACAUUUUUAGAAGACGCCUAAAAUCUGCAGAAACAUGGUUAGAAAACACCUAAAAUCUGCAGAAACAUGGUUAGAAAACACCUAAAAUCUGCAGAAACAUGGUUAGAAAACACCUAAAAUCUGGGAACAUAAACCAAACUCCUGCUGAGUGUAAAUGAGAUAAUAAACUGGACCGGUGAGUCCAGAAUCGUUGGUAUCGGUGCAUCUCCACAGAUCCACACAGCAGCUUCCAGGAGAAAUGAACUUUAUCUGCUGUCCACAACUUUAAUUCAUGGACAAACCUCCAAGAAUCUUUUUCCUUUAAUGGCGGUAAAACCCACCGUUAGCAUGGUUAGCAUGGUCAGCUGCUGUGUGGGUCCGUGCUUUUUUUCCCAUGAUCCUCCUCUUCCUCUCCCUCCAUCCAUAGCUUCACUUUCUCUACUCCUUCCUGUCUGUCGUAAACUGCUCGUCCUCCUCCUGUUUCCUCUUUUCUUAAUUUUAAAUGUUCUCUCUCUUCCUGGUCGCCAAGCCCCGCCCCCUCGCCAAGCCCCGCCCCUCGCCGUCUCUCUCUCUCUCUCUCUCUCUCCGGCCGAGCGAGGGAUUAAGAACCUUUUUAUUGCACUGUUUUGAUUUUUGUUUUUGUAAGAUAUUAAUAAUGAGAAUAAUGUUAAUAAUCUUCUUAUUGUGACAUAACCGGCCGUACAGAAAGUGGUACUUCACCUGCAGAAGGUUUCUGUUCAUAUCUCUGUAAUAAGGAGCUUUUUAUUUCUUUUGUAUUUUUAUUUUAUAUUGUUCUUCUGUUGACUUCAUAAGUCUAACCAGUGUUUCUGCUCUGUCGCUGCUGAUUGGACCGGAGGUGUCAUGUGACCUCAGUGACCUCACCCAUUUAAAAUGUUUUCUUCAUGACGACAUGAAUGACAGCGUAUUUAUGAGAGAGAUAAAAGAAAUGACAGUUUUUAAACUAGUUUUAUUCGUUUAGGUUUCCUGUACUUUAUCAGAUGGUCAGAAAUUAACGGAAAAUUCAGCAAUUAACUGAAAAAUGGCCUCAUAAAUGUCAAAGUCUGUGGCUGCCAGUAUUCAAACUUUCAGUAAAGAUAACAGACAAUACAUUUAGCUUUUUGUGUGCAUUAAAAUGAUCUAAUUCUGAUUUAAAAUAAGACUCCAUUUAGCAACAAACACUAAUAACCUUUAAAUACCAAGAAUUGGACUGAAUUUGGCAGAAAAAUUGUGCAAAUAAACUUAAUUAGCCGCUUUUUAAUGUAAUUACUUCCAGUUCGUUUUUUGACUGUUGCCAAUAAUUCAAGUUUGAUUUUUAUUAGAAAUUACCUGAAAUUGGGAUGUCUGUAAAAUUUUAAAAACCUGUCUGUCGUAUUGCCUCAUUAUUGUUAAUAUUGUCAUUUUUAAGCAUGAUAAUGAUUUUUAUGGGAGUUUUUUGGUCCAUUUUAAUGUUGACGGCCGUAAACCUACCAAGUGUUCUGCUGUAGGAGUGAACAUGAGUCUUUAUGCACUCAAACUGGCCCAAAAUUGCUUCAUAAUUAUCCAGAAGAACUCAAAACAAAUCCAAAAUCAAUUAAAAUGUGUUCAAAAUUAUUUAAACUUUGUCCAAGAUGACUCAAAGAUGCUCCAAAUAAUUGACAUUUGUCCAAAAUGACUGAAAACCAGCUGCAGAGUGAACAUGAGUCCAAAAUGACUUGAAGCUUGUUCAGAGCGAGCCAGAACUGCUCCGAAAUGAAAUAAAAGUGCACUCAAAAUGACUCAAAAUUUGUCCCAUUUUGGACAAAAGCAUGUGGAAAAUGACUCAACGAUGGUCCAAAAUAACUGGAAUUUGUCUGACAUUCCUCAAACCUUACUGCAAGACUUAACAUGAGUCUUCUUAUGAACAUAUUUCUGUUAUUUAUUGGUGCAUCUUUGCUUCAUGCUAAUGAUGAAAGUGAAGGUUUGUUUUUUUUUAUUUUAUUUAAACCUUCAGCAAAACUUUCAACAUAAAUAUAAAUAAACUCAUAAAUAUUCUGCUGUCUUAAAACCUCUCUCAGAAAUACUCGAGUCUCAAACCGUAGCACCGAAUCAUUGUUAGCUUUAACGUGUUAGCAUUAGCCUGUUAGCGCGCUAAUGUCCUGGUCACAUCUGUGGCCUCGCAUCACAUCCUGGUCCCGACAGCAGCCAAUCAGAUGGCAGAACAAACAGGAAAUGAAGGAGCAUCACCUGUUUGUGUGUUGUUCUGUCCGGAGCUCGUUUAGUUUCCGAGUGGUCAAAUCGUCAGCAGUGCAUCAUGGGAGAUUUAUUCUGCUGCUUCACUGUCGGGACGAACAGAGUUAAAGAGAUUCAAGGCUUUCGUUAAAGACCCGAUCGAAACGUUUAGCCAGGAGCCAGGUUCAAACUUCAGAAGUUUCUCCUCAGCCAAGUUCUUCAUUUCGUCUGUUUAGAAUAUUUCCACGUUUAGGUUCCCAGAAACUAUGUUAAGAGGAACAGCCAACGACAUACAGGUGUGUUAAAUUUUGACCCCCGGAGCUGGAGAAAGAUUGAAGUUCCAGAAAUAGAAGAUCAGAGUCUCAGAAACACAAGUUCAACAUACAAAUAAUCCUUAAAUCUAUAAACAGAAUUCUUUAAAAUGCCUUCACUGAUUCCCAGCUCCCAAAUACUCCGGUUCUAAUUCAACAAUGUGAAACUAAACCUACAGAGAAUGUUGGAUUAAACCUGUUAGAUCAGACCAAUGAGACAGAAGAGUGAAAGAUCAAACCCCAAACAACACGAGAUCAAACUACGAAUCAAACUGUCAGGAACACAAGAUUUCAACCCCAACAAGCAGAACUACACUAAAACAAGACGAGGUUAAACCUUUAGAACCAGGUCAGAGCUCCAACAAGGCAAAUUUUAUCUACCAAUGUGACUCUGAACCUUCAAAAACCUGAAAAAACAUGAGAUUGAACUUGUGAGAACACAAAGUUUAUCCUUCAAAAGAGUAAAAGCAAACUUGUAGGAACACCAGCUCCCCAAAACGCAAGAUCACACUGGUAGGAACCAAGACUGAAGCCCCAACAGAUCCAGAUCAAAUGAGAGAUCAAACCCCCAAGAACAUGAGACUGAACUUGUGAGGACACAGAAUUAAACCCCCAGCAGAUCUAAAACAAACUUGCAAGAUGAACGUCAACAAGGCAGAGGAACUGAAAUCCCAAAAAAUGGGAGAUCAAACUUGUAGGAACCAAGAUGGAACCCAUGAGAAUCAGAGAAUGACCUCCCAAAAUGUGAGAUUGAACUUCCAAAAAUGCAGGUUUUACCCACUGAGGAUGUGAAAUGAAACCCUAAAGAAGAUACAUGAAUCUUCUCUGGUUAGCGAAGGUUCCACACCAAAGCCAAACGCCUGUUUUCAGUGCCAAACUCUAAAGAGAACCAUGAGUGGUUCUAAGUCUGAAGCUCAGCUCUGUUGAUCCCGACAGUGAAAAGCUGCUUUUAUCUUCACGAUCACUUUGAACCGAGAUUCUGAAGCAGCUGGUGAAGACCUGAAGCUUCCUGAAGAUCCUGAACAUUCGUGAUGAAACAACAAGCACAACCGGCUGAAUGUCUGUAAACCAACAGCUCCUGGACGUUCAGACCUUCAGAGGAUCGCUUCUCCAGCUGCUUUGGUGUUCAGGUUCUGGUGUUUUCUGAACCAGCGAGGAGUCGUCGUCCACUCGAGAUCUUCUGAUCAGCCAGCAAAGUGAUUAUUAGUUAUUGAGGCCAUCAGAUGGAUGAACUGCAGGGAGGACUUCAGGAACACAUCUUUAUUUGUGAGAUCUCAGCCUGCAGGUGUCUGGUGUUGGAACCUGAAGUCCUCCUGAAGGUCCGCUCUGGUCGGUUCUGGUCUCUUCUGUUUGCAUGCUGAGGGCAGGGAUUGUAUAUCUGUGGGACCUGAUGAAGUAAAUGUAGACUUUGGUGCAACUUUACCAAAAAAUGGCCUUAAUCCAGUGUGUCGACCUGAGUAUUAACCUGCAGAAAAGUACUGCAAGGACUUCAAACAGUGCAAUAAAGUAGUCCAAGUGUGGACGUUGUGCUCUAACGUGGUGUUCUAGAUGAGGUGGGAUCUCAUGGAGCUUACAGUACUUUUCUUAUGGGUCGUACAUUGGAAUAUGGUCAUUGUGAUAUAUAGUCUGACCUGUUGUGUUUGAAGGCGGAUGAUCUAGUGAAGACCUGAGAUCCUGCAGGUACAAACUGAAGCUGUGCAGGAUCCUUAACAGUCGUCCUGUGCAGUUAAAUUCUCAUCAGAAAGUCGGUAUCUUCAGUUUCUGGCAGAAUUGGCAGCAAAAAAAAGAAAAUCCAGACGGAACGAGCAGCAUCAGCAGCCUCUUAAACGACCAAACGGUCGGAUCAACACUGAACCUUCAAACCUUCACCAAGGAUGGUUGGUGUAGAUCUCUAAUAACUGGACCAGAGGCUACUUCCUGUAGAACCUGAAAAAUAAGACUCUGGAAACAGGCCAGGUCACUUUAAGGUUUCCAGAGCUUUCGAGCACAUCGCUGGAGUAUCUGCAGCCUUUGAGGAGUCUUAGAAAGUCACAGAAGUCUUAAGAAGCUCUUCAGUUCUGAGCUUCGAUACCAACAGGAUUAAAAGUUACACCGUUAAAUGUCAAAUCAGUUGGUUUUCCUUCCGACUGAACUUCCUGAACAUCACAACAGCGGCUCUUCAACUCAUUUACAGUUUGGGAACGAAGACGUUGGAAAGUUCUGUUUGGACAACCUAAAAAACGAGCCGCAUGUCGUGCUCACAUGCAGCUCGUUUUGUGGUUUGUUCAAACAGAACUUCCUGUGUUGUGACUCAUGAAGGUUGGAUCAUUUCAGGUCUGAAGACGAAUAACGUCUCUGGAGUUAUAACGGCUAACGGACAGGUCAAAACGUGGCUGAAAGCUUCGCAGGUUCUGGUUCCGUCUGGGUUUUUCUGCUGCUGGUUCUGUCCGUAGGAUGAACUCAAUGAGACGGCGUCAGUCUGAACCUGUUUGUACAUUAUUGUUUGAUUCAGUUGAUAUAAUGUGUUUUAAUAGAAACAUGCUUGUGUAUGAUACUAAUUAAAUACUAUGAAGAAACGA